GAACGGCUAUCGGAGUUAGACCAGUCAUCCUUGUCGCGCCAAACCACCUCGAACACCCCUCUCAUCUUCUCUGCAACUUCUUCAACCUUUUCUUUGCUUGAUCGCAACUUCUUCUACCCACGACGUUCCGUUCGAGUCAAGACGCUGCUUCAACCAUGGCAGCUUCGUCAUCGCUGUUCAACGGCGAGCGAGCCGUGGUUGGUCUCUUCAUCGCCCCACUCGUCAUCGCCGCUCGGCUUUCUCUCCUCACCGAAGCCGUCUCGUUAGCUCUCCUCUCCCUUUUCGCCCUCCUCGUCGAGAUCGCCGCCGAAUCCUCCGAGUCCCUCGCACAAUUCAAGGCCAGGCGGGGGGCUUCAUCAGGAAUUCUACUCGGGGCGGUUACGCUUCCCGGUCUUAUGAUCGCGAGGCUGAUACAACUGUCUAGAGCUCUUUUAUUACAUCAAAUUGGAAUUCAAGAGCUUGAAUACCUGCGGCUACAAUAUUGGGUCACUUUUACCUGCUGCUUCAGCGUGCUGGGUUUCCUUGGCUUCCUUCUCUGGGAUCCACCCAACAAAAAACAUCCCCUUGCCAUGGGUAGUGGUCUGGGUGUGAAGUUUGUCUUAAGGUUCCUAGUGUCAUAUGCAGUGGUCUAUUGCGGUUUAUCUAUUACAAAAUUUCAUAUAGGCUGGUUUGUGGCAUUGUGGGUGCUAUGUCAAGGUUUUGCUGCUGUAAAAUUAAUGCAGCAUGUGCUUCAUACAUUCCCAUUUUGUGCUUCUAUUGGGGAAGCACUUUUGGUGACCACUGGUCUUGUUAUCUACUUUGGGGACUGGUUUGCACUUACCUUAACAAAGAUUCAAGGAUACUUGGUAUCAUCAGAGUUGAUAUAUGUACAGUAUGGAAUCAACAGAAGUGAGAUAAGCAUCAUUGUCCAGGGCAUGGUUCUUGGCCUUCUACUUUUUCCAAUAUUCUUCAAGUCUAUUCUCCAAAUAUGGGAACACUUUACAAGUUCAGCAUACUCCACAGCAAGGAAAUACCAUGAAAUUGGAAAAUCUGCCAUUUUCUAUGCUUCCCUGAGUAUCUUGAUUGUAACUGUUCCAAUGUGGAUUCAGCUUCUUCAGCAUUUUGAUGUCCAUCCUUUGUUAUGGGUAAUAAAGUUUGUUUUCUCUGAACCUCUUAAGAGGCUUUCAUUGUGUAUCUACUGGGUGGCUGUUAUUUAUGUUUCUGUCCGGCGGUUUUACAACAUUUCAAAGAACAGUACCAUUGAAAGGAUUCUUCUUCGAAAGUACUACCAUUUGAUGGCUGUUUUAAUGUUCUCACCUGCUCUUAUCUUCCAGCCGAAGUUUCUUGAUCUGGCAUUUGGUGCAGCUUUGGCAGCAUUCUUGGUUUUGGAAAUUACUCGAGUCUGGAGAAUUUGGCCUUUGGGAGAGCUUGUGCACCGGUUCAUGAAUGCUUUCACAGAUCAUCGUGAUUCAGACCUUCUUAUUGUCAGGUAUGGAAUCUUUCCCUUUCCUUUUAGAAAUGAAUCAAUUCCUGGCACUCAGAUGCUUCUACCAUGCAGCCAUUUCUCACUAUUAUUGGGCUGUGCGCUUCCAAUCUGGAUGUCUUCUGGUUUCAAUGAUCGACCUCUUGCCCCUUUUGCUGGAAUUUUGAGCCUUGGAAUUGGAGAUACAAUGGCAUCAAUGGUCGGCCACAAGUAUGGUGUCCUGAGAUGGAGUAAAACGGGCAAGAAAACUGUUGAAGGUACUGCAGCUGGCAUAACAUCAGUCCUUGCAGCAUGCUCAGUUCUCCUUCCACUUCUAGCAACAACAGGAUAUAUUUUUACACAGCACUGGUUCUCUCUUCUUGUUGCUGUGACCGUAAGCGGUUUGCUGGAGGCGUACACAGCACAGCUUGAUAAUGCCUUCAUACCACUCGUCUUCUACAGCCUUCUCUGUCUGUGACUGCAGCUUCUUCAUUGACCACAAAGAGAAGGGGAAUGAAUAUCCAUCCAUGUUUCUUGAUUUUUGUCUUCUUUGAGUUUUCAAAAUUUUUUCCCAUUUUUUCACACUUGUAAUAGAAGUAACUUAAAUUAACCGGUCAUUAUGAUAGGUCAACAUGGAGAGUUGAAAUAGUGUUUGCUAGUUAUUUUCCUGUAUAUUGGCUUGAAUCAUCAUUCUUUUAGUUUAGGGUAGAAUUUUAGAGAGAGAGAGAGAGAGAGAGAGAGAGAGAGAGAGAGAGAGAGAGAGCUGUAAAAUUCUUCAGACAAUGUCAAUGAACAGAAUAUUGAAAGAAGCCUCCUUAUCCUUC